ACUACACCCGGACACAAGAGUCAAGACAGACGUGACGUGACCUCCCCGCUGAGCCAUGUGACAAGUGACAAUGACACAGUGCAGCACGGGUUCCCAACAACUGAAACAGGGAUCGGGGCGAACGGUGCCGUGCCCUGGCAACAAGCAAUUGCCCCACAUCUCCAUCAACCACCCCGCCUUUUAUGCGGAAGCCUGCCCAAAGCCCCGGGUCAAGAUCCACCGUUGUUGCUUGCUGCGAACGUUGUCGCUCACAGUGUAGCAAGAGUCCAUAGUCAGACAACCAUGGCCGACCAACCCGAGACCGGGCUGCCCCCCAACUGGGAGGUGCGGCACAGCCAGUCCAAGAACCUGCCCUACUACUUCAACGCGGUCGAGAAGGUGUCGCGGUGGGAGCCGCCCCCGGAGACGGACACGGAGAAGCUCAAGAUCUACAUGGCGACCUACCACAGCAACAAGGGCGGGCUGGCGGCGGGCUCGGGCGAGGAGCGGCAGCCGGGCAAGAUCCGCGCGGCGCACCUGCUGGUCAAGCAUCGCGACAGCCGGCGGCCGUCGAGCUGGCGCGAGAACACCAUCACGCGCAGCAAGGAGGAGGCCUACGACAUGAUCCGCGCGCACGAGCGCCGCAUCCAGAGCGGCGAGAUCUCGCUCGGCCAGCUGGCGCUCACGGAGUCGGACUGCGUCAGCGCCCGCAAGCAGGGGGAUCUGGGCUAUUUCGGCCGCGGCGAUAUGCAGAAGGAGUUUGAGGACGCGGCGUUUGCGCUGAAGCCCGGCGAGAUCUCAGGGAUUGUGGAGACGGCCAGCGGGUUGCACUUGAUUGAGAGGCUCGAGUGA